CAAAAUAUUGAUUGUUUCACUUGCCAAGGGUUUUUUUUGGCAAUUCAAAAAUGUGCAAGUUGCGAAAUACCUAUAAAUAAAAACGGAAACACAAGUAGAAAAGUAAAAACAAACCACCCUGACCCAAAGUAACAUGGAUUCCUGCGAUACAAUCGCAGGCUAACAACAUUUGGAAACAACCACUGCGCAGUAAACUCUUGACUCUUGACAAGUGGGAAAAUCAAAAAAGCGACCGCCAUGGAGUCCCCGCUGUUUCCCAAGGCCAACAACAAUAUGGGCAUGGACAAGAUGAGCUCCAGCCUGAACAGCAGCACCAUGGAGGACACCACGCCCAGCGAUUCGGGGGUUCAACUCCUGGACUCGGAGAACAGCGAUGUGAUGGUGGAGUCCAUCUGCUCCUACGAGGAGAACGUGCGGCCCCUGCCCCAAGUGGAUCCCAACUCCAAUGUGACGGCAGCUCCCGAGGAGUCCAUGACCAUCAGCGAGUGCUCCACGUUCGACACCACGGAGAAGAUUGUCUACCGACGCAAGGUGCACAAGGCUUCGUCCGCCUCCAAGACCCCCAAGAAGAGAGUGUCCUUCCACGAGGACAUCCUGAAGAACACUCGUACCGACAACAUUCACAUAGAGCAUGGCUUUAUCACCUACAAGAACGGCCGGAAGCUGGCCUUCGCCAACUCAGCGGGCGUGGCCGGCGCUCCGGGACGAUAUUCCUGGUGUCCGGAUCGGGAACGGCCAGAGGGACCCAAUGAAAUCUGUGCCGCUGGCCGGGAAGACGAUGGCGAGGAGGCUACGGGCGGAGGAGGCGUCAGGCGUAAGAGACAUCUGGUCUACCGGAAUGCCUGCUCCGAUGUCCUGGACUACGAUAACAUUUUCGACACCGAUGAGGCGCCCGGUCUGCACUACGACACCUCAGGUGUCUUUGAAUAUGGUCCAGCGGGCGAGAAGCAGGAGGAACCAGCGCGGCUCUACAAGUGUAACUGCAGCAGCUCCAACUCCAGUCUGGACUCCGACGAGCAGGACAAAAACUCCAAUGCGAAUCGCAAGCAGUACGAGCAGGCUAAGAGCAGCUCCUGCGAUUGCAUUGGCAUGAGCAACGCCAACAACAAUCUAAUCGGUGAAAACUGUUACUACUCAGAGCCCAAUAUCGGAGAUGCCGACAGUCCCAAGAUCAAGUCAGUUUGGAACAAGGAGAAAAAGCCCAAGUCGAGCUGCUUGAAGAAAACCAAACGACAGACGAACGUCAUCCUGGAGCAGGAUCUCAAUGGGCGGGUGAAGAAGUUCAACGUGCACGACAUCAAGCACCAGUUGCUGGACAACAGUAGCAAGAUGAUCUUUGGCUCGCUGAAGAGCAUCUUCACCAUGCCGCUACCAGAGCGCGGAGUGCCCGAGGGCUCCGAGGACCUGCAGGCGGUGGUCGAGUGCGUUCCAGAGCAAACACCCGAGCACAAAGCGCGGCCAGUGGCCGAGUCACCAACCCUCAAAGCUAAGCCAUUUCUUAGCAAAAGUCUCGAUGGCAGCAAGCAGGCACAACCAGUUAAGAAAUUCGUGCACAAUGUAGACGAGCAGUUGCGUCACAAGAACGAAGACGACGGUGCCGGCUCCACGGAAGCCUCGCCGAUGGAGUCGAAACAGUCGCUGAUGUUGCACCGCCAAGAAGAAUUCGAUAAGGAAACAGUGCCAAUGGGCAGCGCACAGGGCGAAUUCCGCAGCAAGUUUAUAAUCAACUGCGAGAGCACCGUUUUCGAGCACACCGGAGUAUCCUACGAGACGGGUGAGCCGCAAUCCGAACACUCCUUUGGCAACCAGCACAACAGCGUGGCCAGUUUGCUGGAGCAGAACACUCCCAUCGCAGAGCCGGCAGCUAGUCAGAUCAAGAAAUCAUUUUUGGACGCUCCCAUAGCCAAGACGUUCAGUAACUUCUUUCGCAGCUUCAAGGAGAGUUCAAACGCUGUAGCCACACCAGUUGAAAAGGAGCAGGCAGUCACAGAUAACAAUUUUGCUUCAAAAACAUCAAAGCCGCAGCAGCAAGCACCAUCUGCGGGCAAGCUUCCCCGGGAUUACUCCUCAUCCACCAUAUCCGAACCCAGUUCCAACACCAGCAGUAACCAUAAGAUCGUGAUGAACCCACAGCUGGGCAACGCCGAGCGUCAUUCCCGUCAUCUUCCCUCUCCGCUCAAGAAGCGGGGACAACCCUUGCAGCCGCCCCGUUACUACGACCAACAGCAUUCCCAUCAGAGUCGAAGUCUUCACAGCCCGAGCAGCUAUUUGGCGGCGGGACGCGGUGGACCUGGCGGCAGUGGACGCGACUCGAAGAGCACUAUCCUCAGCGAGGAGUUCGACGACAUACUAACCAUCACCACCACGGAUACAACUAACGAUAAGCGUUCGAUGGACAGCGAUCUAGUCAUCGUAGACUAUACAGAUGUGGACUACGCUCAUUUGCUGAAGCCGCCUGCUCCGGCGGCCAAAACCUCGCUUAUAAAUCGUUUCCUUCGCAAUGUGACGCAGAAGAAAAUCAUGGAGACCUCCAUACGCAAGAAUAAUUUCUUCGCCGACAAAUUGCGAACUGAACAAAGGAACACGGGUUCCGAUCUCUAUGUAAAGGGUGCACGGCCAAAGAACUACGAGUUGAUAGAUGAUUUAAACGCAGAGAUUGCCAUGGAGAUUGAGAUGUGUGGGACUAACUCACCGCGCCGGGAACUUGCCAUUAGUCUGGAUAACGAUUUUCCCGGCAGCUCAUCCAGUUUUGAACUUGGCAUCGGAGAGAUAUCGAUUGAUGUUUUCAAGGGAAAGUCCUUGCUCAAUUUACAUCAAACAAAUGAGCAGCUUAUGAAGGUGUUCAAACUUUAUACUGGCUACAGUGUGGAUGGCAUUAUGACACCUGUUUUAGUUCUGCUCACAGACAAAACCUUGUACGUGGCAAAUAUGGAUCGAAAUAAUCUGUGUGUGAAGUUUGUGUUAGCCUACAAGGACUUGGAUGUUAUACUGAUGGGACCCUUUGGCAACACCGUUUUGCUCAGCAACAGCACGCGGGAUAUGCAGCAGGUUCUGCUCGCAGGUGGACCCUAUCCAGCCGGAUCUCUGGUGGCCAAUCUGGAGCUAUGUGCCCGACGCAGUGGCUCCACCCUGCCUGCAGUUGGCCAGCUAACUCUAGAGCACUUGGCUCCACUGCAGGCUUUUGUCCGUGCAAACAGUUGCGUGGGUGUGGCCGAGCACUGGCUGUUCUAUGCCGUGGUUAAUGUGCCAGCUGGCGGGGCAAUGCGAGUGGAAUCGCCUAGCGAACUCCUGGGACCCUCCAUCAAGGGAUUCCUCAUGCACCGACGACUCAAGCAGACCACAAGCACAUCAGCAGCCACAAGGAUAUACUGGCAACCAGGAUUCUUUCUACUAAAAGCUGGUGUGUUGUAUAUGUUUAACGACUCCACCCAGAGGCUUCCCAGCUGGGCCGUGGCCCUCGCCGAGUGUCAGGGCGCUCAGCGAACUGUGAAAUCGGAGCGUCCGCAUUGCUUCGAGAUGACGCUGAAGGGUGAGCUCCUGCAAAUGGCAGCGCCCGACGAGUAUGUGGCCUCCGAGUGGCUCCAGGCCCUCCUUCAAUCAGCCAGUGGUCUUGUGCUUCAAGACGAGAGACACAAAACCCUGGGAUGCACUUUAAUUGUUACAGAAAACCAUCUUAUAACCUUGCGUGAAGACUUUUCGGCUCCCUUACGACAAAUAAGCCUGCAGGCUAAUGGCAAUGUAGACGCUCCGGAGAACAAGGAAGUUUUGCUUGAAGAGGAAAUGCUCAGUGUUUUUGAAACCAGCAGCUUGAUGGGCUCCACCAUAAGUACGCCCACACGCACUCAACCCUCGUACUCCUCGCUGAGCUCCACGCCCACUAAGCAAACAAACGAGCCGGCUGCCUCGAAGGAAAAUGCAACGUCACCCGGAAAAUCGCAGCGAAUGACUAGUGUUUAUGGAAAGAACUCCGGCCUGGCGAUACUCACCUGUGCGGACAUUAAAGCGAUGACGGGCAUUAAGAUAACCUCACGGUGCGAGACUUGGUGGUGCAUACUGGAAUUCUCCUGUCAGGAGGCUCCGCUAGAAAAUUUGGACGAUUUGGUGAUCUUCUUUGCCAGCAGUAUGGAAAUGCAACGUUUUCUGCGGUUGCUCGAGCAACUUUGGCAGUCUAAAAAUAACGAUCUAUUUCCAAUAACCAUACUAGACGACGGCGACUCUCUGGCCGAGCAGUGCAACCAACUCUAUUUGGACACUAAUAGGGCCUGGGAGCCCCUGCUAUCGGCUGCGCUGGGUUAA